AUGUGUGUGCGUGUAGUGGGACUCUUCCUGGUUCACCGCUGUUGUGAGUCUGUAGUUUGUCCGUUGUGAGUCUGUUGUGUGUCCGUUGUGAGUCUGUUGUGAGUCUGUGGCUUCUCUCGGAUCAACCGGACCCAUGAUGCCGUUGACCCCCCCACUGGACGUGUAGCUGCUGGUAGUGAGUUCCCCGGCUCGGAGCGGAGCUAGCCGGCUGCUAGCUGCUAGCUGCAGGAGCUAGCUGCUAGCUGCUAGCUGCAGGAGGAGGUAUGUGGGCGUCGUGCUGUAAUUGGCUGUGUAUGGACUCAGCUGAUGUAGAACAGUCGGGUGAAGAAGAACGUCGUCAUCGCUCCUACACCAACUCGGCCUUCACCUCUCAGCCGUCCCCCCCCCCACCCGAACACAUCUGUAAGGCCUGCGGGGGGGCCUUUGACACAGCUACCAAAAAGCAUGUGUGUGUGGACUGUAAGAAGAACUUCUGCAGCCGUUGCUCCGCCCACCUUGAGCCCCGGCCCCGCCUCUGUCUCACCUGUCAGCGUUUCUAUGGCAACCUGUUGGAGCGGGCGGAGCUUAUGAAGCUCAAGGUGAAGGAGCUCAGAGACUAUCUGCACCUGCAUGAGGUGUCAACACACCUGUGCAGAGAGAAGGAGGAGCUGGUGGAACUGGUCCUGAGUCAGCAUUCAUCACCUUCCAGCGAACAGGCCCCCGAGACCCUGACCCCGGCCCCCCCCCCUGUGACGCCCGACCCACCUGCACCUGUACCGCCCCCCCACCCCACCUCUGAUCCUCCACGGCCUGAAUCCCCGGCCCCGCCCACAGAGACCACUGCCUCUGAGCCGGACAUUCAGGAAGAAGGCCAGACCGGGGAACCUGAGGAACCUUCAGUCUCAGGCCGCAGGGCUUCUCUGUCCGACCUGAGCUGCGAGGACGACAUUGAGGUUCUCAGCGUGCGGCAGCUGAAAGAAAUUCUCGCCAGGAACUUUGUGGACUACAAAGGCUGCUGUGAGAAAUGGGAGCUGAUGGAGCGAGUGCGUCGCCUGUACCAGGACCAGCAGAACCUCGUCGCCAGUGCAGUGAGCGCCUCAGAGUCCGGCGGCGGCUCUGCAAGUCCGGAGGAGAACCUCUGUAAGAUCUGUAUGGACUGUCCCAUCGACUGCGUGCUGCUGGAGUGUGGUCACAUGAUCACCUGCACCAAGUGCGGCAAGAGGAUGAGCGAGUGUCCGAUCUGCCGCCAAUAUGUCGUCCGAGCCGUCCACGUCUUCAGGUCGUGAACCAGGACCAAGUGUUGUUGAUCAACAAUCAAGUCUUCUUAAAGGGACCGCUACAUAACCAGCGUGCUUUCAUUUUGCUAACUCUAUUUUUCUAGUGUACAAAUGAUAAAGAUUGCAAUAAGUGACCUCAUCUGACCUUUUCCCCUCUUAACAGUGACUCUGAGCAUUACACAGGCCACAAACACACACAAACACACACACUGUGUUCGCAUUACAACCUUUCAUUUUUACAGUGUCCGGUGAAUGCACACGGUAAAAAGUAACUUGGGGAAGUGAAACAGCCGAUAUAAAAGCACAUUGGAGCCAUCUUUGAGAACAUCACUGAUUCCACAGCUCUUACUUCCUGUUUUAAUCAGGAAGUGAUGUCGUGGUCCAGAGACCCGACACCGAUAUUCCUUCACUUCAGCCUCAUCUGAAUUUAGUGAGUUAUAUUUUAUAUCUCACUAGCGGAUUAAAAUCCAAAGAACACAUUCAUUAAGCUGCCUUCAGGUCAGGAUAUCAGCAGGGUAAUGAUGUCACAGGAAAACUUAAAAAAUGUUUUAGUUGCGAAACCAUUAAAACAAAACAAUUUCACUAACAUUAACAAGUUUCUCUGAAUCUGUAUCAGAUUUGACAGAACCAACGGAGGCUCCAUGACGCUUCCCUGAGGGUCUGCGGAUGUUAGAGGUUUAUGGUUGUAUUUUUGCAGCCGGUCUGUUUCUGUUUUCACUUGUGACCAUGAGAACAAAGUUCUGUUCUGUUAGUUCCACACUUUGCUCAGACUGUUAAGAUUUGGGGAAAAAAUGGCCUUAAGAUGUAAAAUGAUGUCUCCAGUGGUGGUACUGAAUGAACUUCAAACCGUGGGCCUGGGGUCUCAUGUUCCACUGAGGCCUUGUCCUUCUGGUUUUUAUAUGUUUUUAUGGGAUAUAAUGGUUUUAGGGACCUUGGGAAUCUUUGACACGUCCUCUAAAUACUGACUCAUGUUCAGUCAAAGUAGUCACAUCUGUGAUUAUUUAACACAUGAUUUAAUAAAUUAUUCGAACUGUAGUUGUGUUUCUAUACGACAGUGAUUUCUGUGGACGUUUCUUUAUUCUGACAAACUGGAACAAAGCUGUGAGACAGUGACUCAGCGUUGAUGUGGUUGUGUUGGGUUUAAUAGCACUUUGUUAAGUUACAGAAAAUAAUACUGAAGAGCUUUGGGCUUUUCCUCUGAAUCUGUAUCAUCUUCAACAAAUAGUCAGAGGGUCCAGAACGAAUCCCUGAGGGACUCCACGUGUCAGUAAAAACAGGGAAUUAUUCAUCUUUACCAGUAGAACACAGAAGUUUGGCAGUGAAGCUCUUUGUCUUUGUGUCUUUUGCACUAAUCUGCUUUUAUCAAUUAGCUCGGGUUGAAGAACGAUAAAGUGGAGACGUGAUGUCCCCUUUUUUCUCAGUGUUUUACUUCCGAUCAUUAACUUUGAGUUUUGCUGUGAAGGUUUUUUUUUUGGUUUGUGAAUCGCUGGCUGGUUUUUCAGAGCCCGUCUCACUGUGGGAUCACAUGUUUCAUCUGUCAAUCCGCCUGUAAGUCGUACAGCAAGGUUCUGAUCACUGAAUCAACGUGAGAUACAAAGUAACACAAUUUCUUGAUGCACUGGUCAAUUUUGAAAUAUGGGCUGUUGUGUUUCUAUAACCUUUAAAUACACAUUUAACUUUUUUAUUGACUUCACUGUGUCCUUUUUUGUCUUUGGAUCUGAAUCGGUUCAGUCACAUCCUCUGAGUUGGAAAUCUCUUCUUCACUAUCUUUUACGUGUUGUUUACAUGAUUUUUGAAAUGAUUUUCUACUAGUUAACAGAGUGAUCAGUUUCCUGAAUGAACUUUGUAAUAAAACAAAAUUUCCUUCA